AUGGAACACCGUCGUUUUGUGUGGAUGAGGAAGGAAGUACGCAAGGAUGAUGAACUCGUUGAGCAAAAAGAGAAGAAAGUUGAUGAUGAGCGUUUGAUGAGAAAGAAUCGCCAUCGCCAUGCAAAACAUAUUCGUGAUCAUUAUCAUAAGAAGAAGAAUAGUGGAGGUGGUUUUCCUGGGAUUCCGGUUCACAAAAAUGGUGAAGAAACAACGGUUAUGAUAGAAAAACAUUAUAUUCCUACCAAAUAUUCUCGAGAUAAGUUGCUGGCUUUCUUGGAGGAACAUUGCAUGUUUGAAAAUGCUAUAGAUCAAUCCAAUGGUGAAGAAAGUGAUGUGCAUUCUGUAGCAAUCAAAGGUUCAAGGACUAGAUGGCAAGCCAUGUCAAGGAAUUGGGGACAAAAUUGGCAGAGCAACUCUUAUUUGAAUGGACAAAGUCUUUCAUUUGUAGUCACCACUGGUAAUGGUCAUAGUAUUGUGUCAUUUAAUGUUGCCCCACCCAGUUGGUCCUUUGGACAAACCUACACUGGAAGGCAGUUCCUCUACUAA